AACUUUGAGUAGGUGAACAAAAAGCCUGAUAAAUACUCACACUCCCCUGCUAUCCAAGCACUCAAUAUCUCCCAUUCAUUCUCCUUGUCAUCUUCUCUUGAUUCACAUUCUUCAACAAUUCUCUAAACAUGAACACAACCACAGAGCUGAUCCCACCAACACUACAACCAAAUGAUGAGGAAGAAGAGGCUUGCAUGUUUGCCAUGCAAUUAGCCAGUGCUUCUGUUCUGCCCAUGGUUCUCAAAUCAGCCAUUGAGCUCAACCUUCUUGAGUCCAUUGCUAAAGCUGGUCCAGGUGCUUAUGUCUCGCCUUCCGAGCUUGCGGCUGGCCUGCCUUCCAGCCAGCCUGACACUCCUGUCAUGCUGGACCGCAUCCUCAGGCUCCUGGCCAGCUACUCUGUUCUCAAGUGUAAGCUUAAAGAACUGCCUCAGGGCCGGGUUGAGAGGCUUUAUGGAUUGGCUCCUGUGUGCAAGUUCUUGACUAAAAACAGUGAUGGCGUGUCGAUGGCUCCACUUUUGCUGAUGAACCAGGAUAAAAUCCUUAUGGAGAGCUGGUAUCACUUGAAAGACGCGGUUCUUGAUGGUGGAAUACCUUUUAACAAGGCAUAUGGAAUGACCGCGUUUGAGUACCAUGGCAAAGACCCUAGAUUUAACAAAGUCUUUAACCAGGGAAUGUCUAAUCAUUCCACUAUUACUAUGAAGAAAAUCCUCGAAACAUACAAUGGUUUUGCCGGGCUCAAAACUCUGGUGGAUGUUGGUGGAGGCACUGGAGCCACCCUCAAUAUGAUCAUCUCUAAAUAUCCUAAUCUUAAAGGGAUUAACUUUGAUCUCCCCCACGUCGUUGAAGAUGCUCCAUCUUAUCCUGGUGUGGAGCAUGUUGGAGGUGACAUGUUUGUUAGUGUGCCGAAAGGGGAUGCUAUUUUCAUGAAGUGGAUAUGUCACGAUUGGAGCGAUGCACAUUGUCUGGCGUUCUUAAAGAACUGCUACAAGGCACUUCCAAGUAAUGGAAAGGUGAUACUAGCAGAAUGCGUUCUUCCAGAGGCUCCAGACUCCAAGCUUACAACCAAGAAUGUGAUUCACAUAGAUGUUAUAAUGCUUGCGCAUAAUCCUGGUGGAAAAGAAAGAACUGAGAAAGAUUUCGAGGCCUUGGGAAAAGAGGCUGGUUUCAGAAGCUUUAACUUGGCCUGCUGUGCUUAUAAUACUUGGAUUAUCGAAUAUUACAAAUAGAAGAAAAUCCUUGGGGGGGGGGGGGGGGGGGGGGUUGGCUUCUGCUUAAUGUUUGAAUUUAUUGUCAAAUUUGAGGGAUAUAUGUGAAAUAAAGUUUCAAUGGAAUAUCAGCAAGUACUAUAAUGCUGCAGAUGUUGUGGGUUAUCUGAGCCCAAAAUUGAAUCUGAGCCCUUGGAAUAUAAAUCCAACGGCCCCCGUACAGUGUGUUAGAUAACCCUUAUCUAACAACCGGUUGUCAAGGAACAGGACCCUUUUGUUUAUUCCUCUUUUAUACACCAGAUUGCAACUAUUGAACAUUGUAUCUGUUUAUGAGUUUAAUCUCAACAGUUUGCUAUAAUAGAGUUUGCUUUUUAUUCA